AUGGCCGGCUACGCUGGCGCGGCCAGGUCAUUCAGGAGUUUGGGCCCUGCGCCCCCGCAGGAACUCGAGAGUGCCAGCAGCAGGCCAGAAACUGGAAAGCCUGUGGAUGAGAAGAAGCGUCCUUCCAACGAUGACGACGAAGAGGAAGACCUGGACGCCCUUAUUGAAGAACUCGAAUCGCACGAUGGUGACGUAACUGUUGACGACGAUGCUUCGGACGACCCUGGAGCCGCCCGUCCUGUCCCUGAGGAAUUGCUCCAGACCGAUACCCGUACCGGUCUCACCGACAGCGAAGUGCUCGCGCGUCGGAAGAAGUACGGACUGAACCAGAUGAAAGAGGAGAAGGAAAACCUUGUCUUGAAGUUCUUCUCCUUCUUUGUUGGACCGAUCCAGUUCGUCAUGGAGGCUGCGGCAAUCCUGGCUGCUGGUCUUCAGGACUGGGUCGACUUCGGUGUAAUUUGUGCUCUGCUGCUGCUCAACGCGGCUGUCGGAUUUAUUCAGGAGUAUCAGGCUGGUUCCAUUGUCGAUGAGCUGAAGAAAACGCUGGCCCUCAAGGCUGUGGUCUUGCGGAAUGGUCAGCUAUUUGAGGUCGACGCUACAGAAAUAGUCCCCGGUGAUAUUUUGCAGAUCGAAGAGGGCACGAUCGUCCCAGCUGAUGGUCGAAUUGUUACCGAGGGGGCAUUCCUUCAAGUCGAUCAGUCUGCUAUAACAGGUGAAUCUCUAGCGGUUGACAAGCACUAUGGCGACACCUGCUACGCUUCUUCUGCUGUCAAGCGCGGUGAGGCCUUUAUCGUGAUCACUGCAACCGGUGACAACACUUUCGUUGGCCGUGCAGCAGCGUUGGUCAACGCAGCCUCUGCUGGAAGUGGACAUUUCACCGAGGUUCUCAAUGGCAUCGGCACCGUCCUGUUGGUCCUCGUCAUACUCACCCUUCUGGUGGUCUGGGUAGCUUCAUUCUACCGGUCGAAUGGCAUUGUCAGCAUCCUAGAGUUCACCCUGGGGAUUACCAUCAUUGGCGUCCCGGUCGGUCUUCCUGCCGUUGUGACCACCACCAUGGCUGUCGGUGCCGCGUAUCUGGCCAAGAAGAAAGCUAUUGUCCAGAAGCUCUCCGCCAUCGAGUCCCUCGCUGGGGUAGAGAUCCUCUGCUCCGACAAGACCGGUACUCUGACAAAGAACAAACUGUCCUUGUCCGAGCCAUAUACUGUUGCCGGCGUCGAUCCGGAAGACCUCAUGCUCACGGCUUGUCUGGCGGCGUCGCGAAAGAAGAAGGGUAUCGACGCCAUCGAUAAGGCCUUCCUGAAAGCGCUCCGCUACUAUCCUCGUGCCAAGAAGGUCCUUACUCAAUACCGGGUUGUUGAAUUCCAUCCCUUCGACCCAGUCUCCAAAAAGGUUACUGCCGUGGUUGAGUCCCCGCAAGGGGAGAGAAUUGUGUGCGUCAAAGGUGCACCGCUCUGGGUGUUGAAGACUGUUGAGGAGGACCACCCCAUUCCGGAAGAAAUCGACAACGCCUACAAGAACAAGGUGGCUGAAUUUGCUACCCGCGGCUUUCGCUCCCUCGGCGUGGCUCGCAAGCGUGAAGGCGGUGCGUGGGAGAUACUGGGUAUCAUGCCUUGUUCAGACCCUCCUCGCCAUGACACUGCCAAGACAAUCAACGAAGCGAAGACUUUGGGUUUGUCGAUCAAGAUGUUGACGGGUGAUGCCGUGGGUAUUGCUCGUGAGACAUCUCGUCAGCUUGGUCUGGGUACGAAUGUAUACAAUGCGGAGCGCCUGGGUUUGGGUGGUGGCGGUGACAUGCCUGGCUCCGAGGUGUAUGACUUUGUCGAGGCUGCCGAUGGUUUCGCAGAGGUCUUCCCGCAACACAAAUACAACGUCGUUGAGAUCUUGCAGCAACGUGGUUACCUCGUUGCAAUGACGGGCGAUGGUGUCAACGACGCCCCAUCUCUUAAGAAAGCCGAUACGGGCAUCGCCGUCGAGGGAGCGUCUGACGCUGCUCGGUCAGCAGCCGACAUUGUCUUCCUUGCGCCAGGUCUCUCCGCGAUCAUCGAUGCUCUUAAGACGUCCCGUCAAAUCUUCCACCGCAUGUACGCCUAUGUUGUCUACCGUAUUGCGCUGUCGCUUCACCUCGAGAUCUUUCUGGGUCUCUGGAUCGCGAUCCUGAACGAGAGCUUGAACUUGCAAUUGGUCGUCUUCAUUGCAAUUUUCGCCGACAUUGCAACCCUGGCGAUUGCCUACGAUAACGCACCUUACUCCAAGACGCCUGUUAAAUGGAAUCUCCCCAAACUGUGGGGCAUGUCGAUUCUCCUGGGCAUCGUUCUGGCAGCAGGAACCUGGAUCACUCUCACGACCAUGUUUGCCGGUGGUGAGAAUGGCGGUAUUGUCCAGAACUUCGGCAGACGGGACCCCGUCUUGUUCCUCGAAAUUUCCUUGACCGAGAACUGGUUGAUCUUCAUCACCCGUGCCAAUGGCCCGUUCUGGUCCUCGAUCCCAUCAUGGCAGCUGGCAGGCGCCAUCCUCCUGGUCGAUAUUGUCGCUACGCUCUUCUGCAUUUUUGGUUGGUUUGUCGGAGGGCAGACUUCGAUUGUCGCUGUCGUCCGUAUUUGGAUCUUCUCCUUCGGUGUUUUCUGCGUCAUGGGUGGUCUGUAUUACCUGCUUCAGGGAUCUCGGGGAUUCGAUAACUUGAUGCAUGGGAAGAGUCCCAGGCGCAGCCAGAAACAGCGGUCCCUGGAGGAUUUCGUUGUUUCAUUGCAACGAGUGUCGACGCAGCACGAAAAGAGUUCUUGA